CCCAUUCAUAAAGCAUCUCAAAACCCAGUCUCUCGUCAAGUCUCUCAUCUCCUUGAGCCACUCCGCCACCGCGAAAACAUGGGGCGCGUAAGGACAAAGACGGUGAAGAAGUCCUCUCGCCAAGUAAUCGAGAGGUAUUACGCGAAGAUGACGCUGGAUUUCCACACAAACAAAAAAAUUCUGGAGGAGGUCGCAAUCAUCCCGUCCAAACGCCUCCGCAACAAGAUCGCCGGCUUCUCCACUCACCUGAUGAAGCGCAUCCAGAAAGGACCCGUCCGCGGCAUCUCUCUGAAGCUCCAGGAAGAAGAGCGCGAGCGCCGCAUGGAUUUCGUCCCCGACGAGUCCGCGAUUAAGACCGACCGCAUCGAGGUCGACCAGGAGACCGUAGAUCUGCUCGAAUCGCUCGGGAUCAAGGAUCUGCCCGGCGUGCUUCUCAGAGAGGAGGAAGGAGCCAUCGGAGGCGCGCCGCAGCUCAGCUACGGCCGCGGCGCUCCCAGGCGAUACUGAAAAGGUUUAUAGGCUUUAUUUUAUAAUUCAAAUGUUUUCAUUGUUUUUUUUAUGGAUAAUGUUGAACGGUGUUCUAUUUUGCUAUUGAAUUUUGGAUUUUGGUAUGAAAUUAAUCCUUUUUAAUACUA